UGCUUCCCUGCUAACGGUCUGCGCAUUGACUACAACUCUUUGUUUGCCGACCAUCGAAAAGUUGAUUCGGACACUUGUUGUGCGCAGCUCCUUUGACGGGAACAUUGCAGUCAAUUGCUCCCGAUUCCGGCGUCGUCGCGACAAAGUAGAGCUUUUCUCGCCUCUUGAGCACGCGCGAUCGCGAGAAAUCCCCAUAUGGCAUCGUCCUGAGCGGACGCUGGCGACCAUGUCUACUUCCACGGACAUGAACAGCGACACCAGCCCGCCCUCGCAGAAGCGGCAAAGAGCAAAACAAGCCUGCGAACCAUGUCGUCUACGCAAACGUCGUUGCGACGGCAGCAUGCCCUGCAACAUGUGCACGCAAUUCGAGUACAAAUGCUUCUUCGAGAAACAUUCCCGCAAGCGAUCUAAGCUGGUCGAUCAUGCCCAAGCGGAGCAAAUUUCCCCGGUCAAGGUCGAGUCGCCGGUGGAAGUUCGCCAGGGUGUGGAGGAGUCGUCGAAGAUGCGAUCCAUGGAGGCGAAUUCGGGCAUUGCCUUCACGCGCGUCUUGGGCAUGCGCCUCGACCCCUCUUCUGGACCCAAAUUGUUCACGUUUGGCUGGAACUUAGGCAUUGGCUACACGGAGUCGGCGCCGGGCGGUCCUCCGGUCACGUCGUUUCUCAGUCAAGACCAGAUGACCAUUCUAGCACAGCGAUAUUUCGAAGUGCUCCAUCCUGUCUAUGGCUUUCUCGACAAGGAUUGGGUGAUGAACGGCAUCACUGCUCGUUGGAAAGUCGACCAAGCAUGCAGCGUACCUGACCAUAUUUUCUGUGGUAUAGCUGCGCUCGGAUUGCUCUUCUCGACUGCCGAGUUGUCGCCCCUUCUUACCAGUCUGGUUGAAUCACAACGGCGAGCGUUGGAGAAUUCAAGUAUCAUGAGGCCUCCGUGCCUAAAGGAUAUUCAAUCUUGGAUACUGCAAUGCAUUUUCCUCCGAGCGGCCGACCAUCCGCACUCCUCAUGGAUAGCGUCUUGUACCACGAUGCAUCUCAUCGAAUCUAUUGGUCUGCAGGAGGAGGUGAGCAGUUCAGUGCUCCAUCCAGCCGUAAGCGACAGCCAUGACGACCCCGAGAUCCGUCGAAGGACGUUCUGGGUGGCGAGGAUGAUCAACUCUUGGGUCUCAUUCGAGUAUGGCCGCAACCGGGUCGCAGUCCGUGGUAUCACAGCGUCCUUCCCAACCUCGGAGGAGGGCGAUUAUACCACCGAAUACCUCAACCUAUACAGCAUAUCCUGCUGCCUCGACCCCGAGCAAGCAGACAGGUCUCCCCAAUGGGAGGAAUAUCUCGCGCAGGUCGACGCGCAUGAAGCGUCACAUCCCGCAAUCAUGCUUUCAAAAGCCAAUCUCGCCCUCUGCGGCUACCGUCGCUUACGAAUCGCAUGCCCGAACCUCUCCCCCCGCGCCACAGAAAGGAUCAUCCAGCUUGGUCUUCAAGGGCUAACUGCUGCGCGCUCCAUGGCCGAGAAGAAACUCUGCUGGUGGCAUGUCUCCAACGUGCCCUUCCAAGUGAUCUGCGUCUUCCUCGCCAUGGAUGUGCGGGAAGCGCUCUGCCACCUCGGCACCGCGAUGCGCACAUUGGAAUUUGUCGUCGCACAAUUUGGCACUGUUGCUAUCAAGGAAGUUCUCAAGACAGCACGGUUCCUGGUCCGUCUGUCGAAGAAGCGCAAAGACGAGGAUUCGGAGACGCUGGCUCUGACGUUAGACCGGGACAGUGUGGAUGCCGAUCCAAGGCCGCCGGUCGCGAACAACGCGGUGCCGUUGUCACUCGAUACCACUGCUGCGGCUAUGCAGGCGAUGAACUAUGUGCCAAAUGGGACGCCAUUGGGCAAUGGGGUCCCCACUCAUAGCAGCGAAGAUUGGAGUCUGGAUAUCCUGAGCAACCCCAAUUUCGACUGGAAUUUCUUCCUGACCGCGGAGAUGCCGGCCCUGCAUGGUGUUGCUCCGGACGGCACCAUGUGAAGCGCAGUGCAAUGGCAAUCCCUUCUCACAUGUCCAUAUACACAUCGUUUGACGACUUCUCGCCGCGACCGUGGCGUCGGUCACAAUUUGUACCAUAACCACUGUCCCCGAAACAUCAAACUGCGCGGUCAGUCCGGAUUGACAGGUUUACGACAGCCACUCUCAUACAUUUGCGGAGGAGCACAUGCUUUUAUACUACGGUGCACAUUUUGAGGACAGGUCAGUUGAAGUGAGAUCCACGCGAGACAUGACAAAAUUGAUGAAUUUCGAUCCGCAGUCAUGAGGUUCUUUCCAGCUGAUUCGCACAUUUCGAGUCAUGAAGAAUAUUCGGAUAGACGAUCCAGAUCCUCGGCGAAUCAGCAAAAGCACUAGAUUUUCGCCUGAUAGCGAGUCUCGGC